UUCGUUGUCUCUCAAGGCAGUUCGGUAGUCUGGGCAGAUUGAAAAAAGUUGUGGAUCGUGACCCGAACUGGGGUAUUCGUAUUCAUAGAAGUUCUCGGAACAUUUGGACAGUUUUAGUCGAGUCAUUUGUCAAGAGUGUACUUAAUCUGUUCUUCAUUAUUAUCCUGACAUCGGAAUUCAGAUGUCAGUUUGAGUUUCAGCUCAGUAUUAAAGUAACUCAAGGCAAUUGUCCUGUCACUAGUGAUAAGUAAAACCGAUAUUCAAGCUCAUCCAUUUUUGUUAGUAUGUUAUUUGAAAUGUUUCAAUGUAGGCAUAUAUAUGUCUAGCCAAGUAGUUCAUUAGCAUCUUGGUGUUCACAAUUAAAAUGUCUAUUAGGAUGCUUUGGUUUGUGAAACAAAAUACCUGCGGUUGCUUGAGGGUGUGUCUCAAAGUAGCCCAAAUUUCUACUGGACAGCACUAUAAGUAACGUCUCUUUAAUCUGGUUUCUCUGUUAAAAUCUGUAGAAUACGUAAAAAUCAAAAUGAAACCGAAAUAUCCUUAGUCUCGUAAUUUCUUUUUAAAGUCACACGUGCAACGUGUAUACUUUUGACACACCAAACAGAAAAAUGCUAUGGUGAAAAAUCACUUGAGAUAUUGAUGAGUCGUCUUAAACCCACUAUCUGUAGUGUUAUUUUUCUUCGUCUCUCCCCUACUUAUUGUCUUUCAUGAUAUUUAUUACAUAUUUUUUGUAUUGUCUAAAUAUUCUAGGCUGUCCUCUGAAGGUUGGGAAUUUUCUGGGUCUCAAAUCUUUUUCCAGGAUAUCGCCAAAAUACGUAUGUCUACUCAAGUGUGGGCUAGUCCAAAGGUCGAGCGUCGAUGCAAAGCUGAGGCUCAGAUCAGGUCACUAAACAACGCUUACAAAUGGCUUUCAGUUGAUGUGCUGGUGGGAAUGUGUGUACUUAUAGAAUUUUAUGUUCAACCAAUUUUCCGUCUGUUCUCGUUCCCUUUGGGAUGGAUGUCUUCUUAUGAAAAGUUAAGUAUGUUUUUGUUCAUAUUUUAUUAAUCUGCAGUAUUAUCAUCUUUUACUCUCCUCAUUGCCUGCAUUUCAUACCAUGUAUUCGUGAUAAUAAGUUCAGCGUUAAUCCGAAGAAUGGACGCAGGUAAUUCUCACAGUAAGUCUCCUUUUACUACUAAUCCUCGAAGGUCAGUCAGCUUUAAGAUUUCACUCAUCACCUUUAAACAAGUCACUCGUUGGUCCUUCUAUGUUCUGCUCCAGUUUAUUGAAGGACAGCUUAGACAUCAGUUCUUGUGGAGCUACCUUUGGAAACUCAUCAUAUGAAAUCACCAGUGGAUCUCCUGUUAGAUCUGCAGUUCCCUAUGUAGAUGUUGGUAUUUCACAGUCUGUAAAUGAAAAUCAACCUAUUUGGAAACAAUCAAUAAUUGGUACGGUGUCACCACAGCAUAAUCAGUCCCAUAGUAAUUUAUCACAGCCACACUGUGGAUCUUUCCGGGUUUCGGGAAGUCCGGGUGUUCAAGAAAAUCUUUCUCUUUUGGAUUUGGCCCUCAGUCCAAUUGUGAAUUCUGGACUUGGCUCGGUGCUACCACCUUUCAGUAGCGGAGAGGCUCCUGGACAGAGUUCAGGGAACAUGCGUCGUUCUGUCACUUGGUCUUCUCCAUUUUUAACAUCAGGGACAUCCCCACGAUACCAAUAUCAGGCUGCUUAUAUUCAACCUACUAAUCCUUGCCAGCAAUACUUGAAUGAUUCACAAAAAUCUUUAUCUGGACCAGCCUUUAUUCCAAACAGUAUAACUCCUGAUUCUGGGAAAAGUGAUCGUGAAAUUAACGAACGAUCUGAAGAUGAGUAUUGGAUUGAAAAUCAAGUUAGUAAAAGCGAUUUAGAUCGUUGGACUCUAAAUCUUCGAAAGUGGCUUCAUGGUACAAUCAUUCGACGUAUUGUCAAUGAAAUUGACACAAUUAAUCGAAAUCUUGAAGAAGCUGGUGGCGAUAAAACUCUUAUUGGAUCCACUAGUUUAGCUACCCUUCAACAAUUCUCCUCUCUUAAAUAUCAAUACUUACCAACACUUCCAGUAUUGUUGGCAUUUUUAGAUUUUAUGAAAGAUCAAGGAUAUUUGGUUAAUCGAUUACAUGAAUUAGCUAGAGAAAGCUGUCUUCAAGAGUUUCGUUGGGAUUCUGGAUCAAAAAGUACUGAAUGGCCAUGGAAAGAACAUUUACCAUCUGAUAGUAUUAUUCUGUUACAUUUGUUUGCUACUUAUAUGGAUACACGUAUGCCACCGCAUCCCAAAUGUUUAUCUGGUCGUGUGUUCAGUCAAUUGAAUGUUGUUCGACUUCCAGAUAAGCCUGAUUUGAAAAGUAAACAUAAUUGUCAAUUUUAUCAAGUUGCUGUACAACCGCCUCAAUUUAAAUUAGUAUUAAAUGGAAGAAUCUACAAUUUUAUAUCAGGUCAAAAAAAUAUCUACCAUGCUAUUUUAUUAUUCUUUCAUUAUUAUGUAACAAGGAAUGGAAAGUUCAGAUCUGUUUCACUUGGUCCAUCAGGUUUAAAUGUUGCAUGGAUAUUUUCUAAAAAUUGAUUAUAAUUAUCAAAAUGUAAAAAGAAGAUAAUAACUCUAUCAUGUAUAUGUAUUCCUUUAUCUAGUUAUUGAUGUUUCAUGUUUAUUUUUGUAUUAAAAAAGGGAAAAAUAAAUCUAGAGUUUAUGUUGAAUUC